GCAUAGUCCGUCCAUCGUGGAUGGAAGAUUCCGGCUGACUUCUGCUGAUCGGCGGGCCCUGAGCAGAGGUUGCCGCGAUGUCGGCCGCCGACCAGAUGCGCGCCAUGCUGGACCAGCUGAUGGGCACCAGCCGCGAUGGGUGUGGCCAGCUAAAAAUGCGUGUAUCCCGCCACCAGAUGUCAGCAGUCACGCGAGUCCAAGCUGAGCGUCAAGUUCACCGACCCCAAGGUGUGCAAGAGCCACCUGCUGAGCUGCUGCCCCAACGAGAUCCUCGCGUCCACGAGGAUGGACCUGGGCACCUGCGCCAAGAUCCACGACCUGGCUCUACGCGCCGACUACGAGGCCGCCAUCAAGGAGAAAGACUACUUCUACGACAUCGAUGCGAUGGAGCAUCUGCAAACGUUUAUCCACGACUGCGACCGCAAGACGGAGCUGGCUAAGCGACGGCUGGCCGAGACGCAGGACGAGCUGUCGGCCGAGGUGGCCGCCAAGGCCAACAAGGUGCACGAGCUGGCUGAGCAGAUUGGCAAGAAGCUGGCGCGCGCUGAAGAGCUGGGCGCUGACGGCCUCGUCGAGGAGAGCAUGAAGCUCAUGGAGGAAGUGGAAGAUAUCCGCAAACAGAAGGCCGUGGCCGAGCAGGAGUACCGUAACUCGAUGCCAGCCAGCAGCUACCAGCAGCAGAAGCUGCGCGUCUGCGAGGUGUGCUCGGCCUACCUCGGCAUCCACGACAACGACCGUCGGCUGGCCGACCACUUCGGCGGCAAGCUGCACCUGGGCUUCAUCAAGAUCAGGGAGAACCUGGCCGAGCUGCGGAAGUCGGUGGAGGAGCGGCGCGAGCAGCGGCGCAAGGCGCGCGAGGCCGAGCUGGACGAGCGGCGCCGCGGCUCGCGCGACCGCGAGCGAAGCCGCUCGCGCGACCGACGCCGCCGCAGCCGCAGCCGCGACCGCGACCGCGACCGCGACCGCGACCGUGAGCGGGACCGUGAGCGGGACCGGGACCGUGACCGUGACCGGCAUCGGCGACGCUCGCGUAGCCGCAGCCGCGACCGUCAGCGCAGCUCACGGCACCGGGACCGCUCCAGCGAGCGGCGCCGGGACCGCGACAGGUCCCGGGAGCGGCGCCGCGCCAGGGAGCGCCGCGACAGCCGCGAUCGGGACGCCGACGGCCGCGACAGGAGGCCCGACGACGACAGACGCUCGGCGGGUGAGGCGAACGGCCGCGGCGACUCCGCCAGCCGGGACAGCGGCGACCACUAGCGGACGGCGGCGGCGGCGGCGGCAGCGGCAGCGGUCCCACUCCGGCCGGCUGGCAGACCGAGGCGCGCCCGCGCGCCGGCCGGGCACCGUCCGGCCAGCGGGCACAGCAGCCCGCGGCGCAGCACCGUCCGCGCGCCGGCGUGAUGUCAGCGUGUCCGCCUGUGGAACUCCGCCGUGCCCGUGCGCGGUCGCGCCUGUGAGCAGCAGCCGAUCCGUGUCGGUCAGUGUGAUGACGCGAAGCGUCGUUGCCUCAUUCCCCGUGGCGCCGGUCAUCCCCAUCAGUGCAGUCUGUGACGUUAUCUUGGCGUAGGCUGGACGCUGCUUGUGCCGUCUUCUCCCGUGGUACGGGACGGUUAUGUUUUACACUUGGCGUCACGUGACUGGCGCUGCACCUGCUGCCACGGCCAACGGCCUGGUGGAAAGCCGACCGUAUGGUGACUGCCAGGCGUUCUGGGGGUCCGCGCCUGCUUGUGUGCCGUGCUGUUCAAUCUUCAUAUUCGUGUCGGUGCAUGCUCUUAGUAUCCCAGGGUGUACAAUAAAUGAGCACAGCACACG